GACGCGGCGGACGGAGGAGCGCAGGCGGCGGAGGGGGUGGACAUCCACGCGGGAACACGAGGCAGGCGCACCCGGCCGGCACGCGCACACACAUCCUAAGAUGUGAUUUCAAAAAUGGCGGAUUGCCCCUAUGCCCGCUGCAUACAGGAACGCAGACACAUCCGACGGGAGCUGCUACGAUGGACAAAGAAUAUGGUCUUCGUAGUCGGUCUGGAACGGGUAGCGGAGGAGUUGAUGGGCCGUAGGAGAUGGAAGCAAUACCAGGACACCCUGUACAGCGGCACCCGCAGCAGCGAAUCAGCGACGGCACAGCCGCACCAUCGGCUUUACCCGGCGUUGUCGUCGUCCUGCAAUCCGGUAUCCGGGAGCCUGGACCAGAUUGGGCCGCAGCUGCAUCACCCGGCACCCUCGCCGUUGCCGUCGGCGGUGGCGUCGACGGUGCUGACGACGGCGACGACGACGACGACGACGACGACGACGACGACGCCAACAGCGCUCGCGACCGGUGCGGUGAAGCAGGAGAGCCUGCAGAGGCAUCACCUGCAGAACCAUCAUCACCACCUGCAAGCGUCGUCGGUCCAGGAUCGCCACCUACAGCAGCAGGAGGAUCCGCGCCGUCUGAGGCCGGGCGAGAUCAAGGUCGAGACCGCCGACGAGCAGCCCACGGACGGUGUCGUGCGGGAGGACACCACGACGAGGACGACGGACACGGCAACGUCGACGACGGAAACGGCAACGACGACGACGACAGCGGUGGCGACGGCGACGACCGCGUCGACAACGACAACGGCGACCGGCACGACGACGAUAGCGACGAAACGGCGACGCGGACGCCGGCAAAACGACGGAGAAGACGUCGACGGGGAGGAAGACGGCGACGAGAACGAGAACGAGGAGACGGGACGAGGCCAGAACGAGACGGAGAAACGGCUCAAGCUCGACGACGACGCCGACAGAUCGGCGGUCAGCCCACUCAGGACGGAGAACGAUCGUGCGACUCGGGAUCAUCCGACUGCCAACGUUACCGACACGGAAGGGACCAAGGAACGAACGGAGGAAGUCGCGUUGGAGCGGGCACCGGUAACACAGGGCUCGCUGAGGGUAAAGAAGGAAGAGGAACUCCAGGGGGUGCCGGUUUCUGGCGGCACGACGAUACUAACAACGCCGGCGACAGAUUCGGAGGGGACCAGGUCGGGAUUGGUAUGCCGCGAGGGAAACGCGACUGCCACGAGCAUCGCGACGCCGUUCCUCGUUGGAAGGCGCACGAGCCCGCCACCGGAAGACUGGAAGCCUCUCGACAAGUGUUACUUCUGCCUCGACGGCAAACUGCCCCACGACGACCAGGCGCCCCUUAGUCCGCAGAGCGACAGCAGCAGCAGCUCGCGAUCGGCGGAGUCACCGAUGUCGGUCCAGGUGGAUCCGAUGGCGGCGUCCGUGGUCGCCGCCGCCCUCAGUGGCACUUAUCCCACCCUGCUGCCGCAAUGGUAUUUACCGCCGAGGGAGGCGCCCCUCGUCGGGGUGCAAACCCACCAGGACAGUGCCGCGGUGGCUGACCAACCGCUUGAUCUCUCGGCCAAACCCAGAAAUUCUCAGGACAACAACAUAUCUCUACUGGAGCAACAGAAAAUACCUCUGAGAAUGCCGACAGGCAUCGAUCCCAAAACUAUCCUCAACUCGUGUUACCGCGCGAAACCGCGAAUGACCGGACCGGUUGCGGCCGCGGCGGCAGCGGCGGCGGCGGCGGCUGCGGCAGGCGUCGGUGGUGUUCCAGUGGUGGGUGCCGGGGGUGGCAAGAGGACCUACACCGACGAGGAAUUGCAGGCCGCCCUCAGGGACAUCCAGAGCGGCAAGCUCGGCACGCGGAGGGCGGCGGUGAUCUAUGGGAUACCGCGUAGCACCCUGCGCAACAAGGUCUACAAGCUCGCGAUGGAGCGCGAAAGGGACGCGUCCCUGACUAGCACCCAUUCACACCCUCACGAGCCCGGCGCCCCAGCCACCACCACCACCACCAUCACCACCACCACCACCACCACUACUACUACAACACCACCAAAUACGACCCAAAACGCCUCCGCGACCACUCCGCCCUCGCAAGUGGACGAGUUUAACACACGGCAACUUGGUGUCCGCGAGGUUGCAAGACUCGAGGUGGACGACAAAGAACUAUCCGGCGCGGAAGAGGAGAAGGAAGUUGAGAAGGCCCUGCUGAAGCCUCUGCUCUCGCUGGAGGAUCUUGUCAGGUUUUCCGCGCUCGAGGGGACCGGAGGCGAUUCCCUCAGGAAUUUGCUGCAACGGGGACACGAAACAGGUACCGAGUGGCCGGGAUUGGAACACGCAAACAUCGGUUCUUACAUCCAGAAGAUGUUAGCUGCCGCUGCGCCAUUAGGCAUGGAGACGCGAGAUUAUCGCAUACCGGAAGUGGUGAGAAAACUGAUGAGCGAGGACAAGAGGCUGAACAAGAACGUAAACGGAGAUCAAUCGCAACCGCAUCACCAGCAUCAUCAUCCACACCAUCCUCUCGCCGCGCAUCAGCAAACGCAGUCACAGCAGCAACAGCGUACAGCCAUGACGAACGAUGACUUCAAUCCCAACAUCGAGGAGGAGGCCAGCGAUAGCGCUCAGGGCAGAGCGAUACUGAAGAUUCCGUCCUACAAGCCCGCCAGCACGUCGGGUUGUUCCAGCAAGAACGGCGAGCCGACUUCCGCUGCGUUUGCCCAGGGCUUCGCGGCUGCAGCCUCGAGUCCAGGCCUCCUGGAGCGGGCCAGUCCAGCGUUCUCCGGUACCAGCAGUCCCACAAACUCACUAGUGGGUAAGGCCGUCAAUUUCCGUGAUGUCAUCGCCAAGAGCAUCAGCGUCAAGUUCCAGGAGGGUCAGACAUCCGGUGCUGUCGGGUUGCCGGUGUGCCAAUCGGCUGGCGUCGUUCCGCCGCAACAAGCCAUGAUGACGGAUCCAAGUCCGUUCAAAAGGGGUCGUUACACACCCCCGCAGCAGCCCCAACAACAGCAGCAGCAGUCGCAGACACCAACACCUCAACAGCAGCAGCAACAGCAACAAUCUAAGCAACAAACGCAGGAUGCAAACAAGUCAAAACCGGGCACCGGCGGCAAGGGUACUAGGCCGAAACGCGGCAAAUACAGAAACUACGACAGAGACAGCCUAGUCGAAGCGGUACGCGCGGUCCAGCGCGGCGAAAUGAGCGUGCAUCGUGCUGGCAGCUUUUACGGAGUUCCACACUCCACCCUUGAGUACAAAGUCAAGGAGCGGCAUCUCAUGAGGCCGCGAAAGAGGGACCAGAAGCAACCAGACGACAAGUCGAAGGAGACCGCGACGACGGCGGCUGCGGCGGCAGCGGCGGCUGCGGCGAUGCGGCCGGGUGCUACCGGUGUCGAUAAGAAGCCGCAGUUGAAACCGCAGAAACCGUUCACACCACCAGGCGGCAUACCCGGCCCGAAUGGGCUGAAAAUGCCCCCGUUCAUGGAGGGCAUGCCUCAUCUGCCGUUCGGUCCCUUCAACUUCUGGAAUCCAACGCCCUUCAUGCCCUCCCCCUUCAUGGGUGGCGCACCAAACGUGCCGAUCCUGCCAGAACAAUACUUUGCUUCGCAGAGGAUGCGAGGACUGCAGGAGCAACAACGAAACGCGACGAUGGUACAGCAACGAGACCGUGACGGGGUUGGCGUAUCCGGAACGGCGGACGCGGCCGGAACCUCGAACUCGCGAAGCGCGUCGAUGGCGAAGGCACCACGCGACAUGGUGGAGAGUAUUUACGACGGGACCGGGGCGAACGGCAGUUUCCUUGACAAUCUGAUCAGGUCGAGCCUUGAGACAGGCAUUCCAAGGGACCAGCGGGCAAUAGCGGAGACGAGGAAUCAGCAGCAACAGUCGCCGUCGCAGCAACAACAUCCGGAGACGAUGAGCAGCAAGACACUCAUCGAUCAGCUCUGCAGAAACUCGAGGAGAACCCCGUUGCCGCGGAUGACGCAAGACAGUAGCGAAGACGAGAGCUAUCGAGGACCAGCGAACAGGAUAGUGCCGGAGAGACCGGAGCGCGUGCCCACGGUCGAUCUAAGCCCUUCGCCGUCGGAGAGAGGUCGCGCGGAAGACGGCAGCGAUCGGUUGACGUCACCACCGACACCUCUCUCGGUUUCCCGUGCGGGUAGCAGGGACGAGGACAGCACCCGUGAUUCGAGGAUUGAUCGCAGCAGCAGAGAACGCGAGGUUCAUAACGGCGGCCAGGAGGAUCGCGACCGGAAGCAGCCUCUGAGCUUGCAACAGCAGCAGCAGCAACAGCAGCAGCAACAGUCAUCACAGCUGAAUCACUACCCGGACAUACACAACCUGUACGCCGUAUCAACUGACAAAAAAAGUGCCUGUGAUAGUAAGCUUAUAGUAGAUCAUUCGAGCCAGAAGACUCAGCCGCAGCAACAACAAAAGGAAUACGCUGCCGUGAGCGGGCUGGUCGUGCAGCUGCAGAGGGGUUACAACACUGCGAGCGGUAGACCCGGCGAGCCGACCAACAGCCAGCAGCCAGCGGCGGCGGAGCAGCGCGGCACUGCGCUCAGCAUGGAGGACUCCGUAGAGCAGUAGACGAAAGUCAGUAUCAGUUAUCAGUAACGUAUACAGUUAUGAGUACAGUAAAUGGAGAAAAGACCCGUAUACAGUAAGCCCACAUUCCCGCCCAGAUCUCUCCGUCAUCUCUCACACGCACCUCGCCAUCCCGUGCGCCACUUCGCAUUGUUGCGCGCCGCGAACGGGGUUUCCCUUCGUGCUCGGUAUCAUCCCUCCCAUCAUUUCGUCCGUCGGACGGAGGGACAACGCGGAAGCCGGGAAAUUCCCCGAACGUUCGAUUUGAUGCCAGCACGCAUCGUAAGGAGCUACAGGGACGAGGGGAGUCCUCGGACACGGCGUCAACACCAUACCGAUCCGACUAUUCCACAUCCACCCUCCCGCCCUCAGCUCCCCCAUGACCUCUCUGGGAGAACCCUCGGACGUUACGAGGCAAGUCUUAGUGCAAGAAGGGGAGAACGAAAAUGGCAAUUGCAUGAUGCUAGCACAACCAACUGUAAACCCACCGUAAUUCCGCCAGUUAACGCGCAACCCCCGCCGUACGAAUCCGCGUCCAGCUGGCCGCGGCCCGGCCGAUCUGACGUCAGACGCGCAGGAAAAACCCUUUCGGCUAUGCCGAAGGUGUAUUUCGGACCGGAGUAUAUAUAUACAGAACGAGACGGAUAAACGGAUACACGCGAUACAUUCAUCGUGCCGAGUACUCACACGCGACACGCUUUAGCAGAUGCACAGAUCCAUUCUAACCGCGUUUUUCCACGAGCCGGACAUUCCACGAGAUUUUCUUACAUACGUACCAAUACACAAGAACAAGAACAACCAACAGCCACAAUAACACGCAUACAUACACGAGCACACAAACGAGUACAUAUACGCGAGUAUACAAAAACGGGGAACACGUAAUGAGAUACUUAGGCGUCGUGCGCGUGCACGCGUGUCGUUAUGCGCGCGAGCAACGGCGAAGCCGAGAUCUUUUUGUCGUUAAUCGAUGAUUAACAGACUAAGCUCGCGCAAACCUUCAAUCAGUCCCGAUCCUACGAUAGCUGCCAGAUGUCUGGUGGUAAAGAGAGGAUCAUAGCUGACACGAGCGGAAAUGAUUGCUGCGUAAAUCACGAACCUGUCGAUCUAGCACCGAUCAAGUCCACUUCUGCAAUGAACGCGUCGAUCCAAAGUUGACACAUUCGGACCUGUUGGGUCCCGCGAUCAUUGUGGAUCAUGGUACUGAAAGGAAGGAGGCUCGUCGUAGGCACGCCGCGAUGCACGCGCGGGCACGCGCACGCGAAACAUUAGCCGUUCGAUGAUUAUUAUAACGAUUAUUAAUUACUGCUAUACCACUACCAAUCGGUAGAUUGACGACGAAAGGUCAAACGAUGGAACAAAAAUGCCGACGCGACGCAACAUAUUUUUUCCUCUAUGAGUGUAAAACUAUCUAAAUGCAAAAAGGAGAAACACUUAUUACCUACUAUUAAACACUACUUAACUCGUAAGGAGCGACAUAAUUAUAUAAGGAGUAAUAUAUUAUAUAUACAUAUAUUUUUGGUCAUUACGCGAACGUGUGCGAAGCGAGAACGAGCCAAGGCUUUUGUUGGCGCGCGUAGGUGACGUUUUUCCACGAGGCGACAAUAUUUCUAUAAUCUCAGUUGUUUCGAGGCCAGCGUUCGACGCGAACGCGUCCCACGUUCUAGGUAUGUUGGACGCGGCAAAAUGACAAGAAAAUAUCGGAAAGCGAUCUUCGUUGUUGAACAUUGCCUAUAACGACAGUGUUUCGGACAACACUCACAUUGAUUUAUUCGUCCGAACGAUCAAUGCAACAAUACACGUUCAAAAUGAAUGCCCACGUCCGCUUGUUUCCCCAACUCCUUUUACUUACAGAAAGCUUGCGAUAAAUGAAGUUUAUAAACAAUCUGAGAAAUUUAUAUAUUUUUUAAAUAAGCGUUCUUUUUUUUAAUUUCGAGAUAUCUAAUAUUAAAAAGAUAUGAAAAAUUUUAUCCGUUUUUUGUGCAAUGUAUAAUAUAAUGAAUGUAAGUAUAAGUAUUGGAAGUAGACUUGAAAUGAUAUUAAAUAAAAGCUUUUUUUUAAUUGGUUUAUUUCUAUCCAACUUUAUUUUAUCCUCUGUUUUCGCCUUGGAUGCACGAAGCUUUUCAUUCUCGAAGCUUUCGUUUUCACGAGCAAUUAUGACGACGAAGAUCGCGAUCUUUCGGCGUCGCGCUAUUGGAUUAAAUUGCGGUCCAAAUUUAGGCAAGAAUGGAAAAAUGCGAACGCAAGAAUUAGAACGUGGGAAAUGGGAAACAGAAAGUUUAAAGAAAAAAAGGGAUUGCAACGCGCGCGCGCCCGCAUUCGACUCGGUUUCUCCAAUACCAAAAGCGCAGACGCCCACUUUUUGAUACGAAUACAAAUUUUCUACCGCGUAGAAGGAAAGAGAGAAAGAGAGAAAGAGAGAGAAAAAAGAAAGAAAGAGGCUGCAGUUGCAGCAGCACGAGUGAAGGCGGCGUUGUAGCGUUUCUUCGCGAGGGAAAAGACUCGAAUCUAGGAAUGUUUUAAUCUGUUUUCGUUUUUCAUCGUGCGACAUAUUUAUUGGGAACCAGCAGACCUAUCGUGACCCGCCGGAACAGAUUCUGGACGGACACUUUGGUCUCGAUCGUCCGUCGCCGAUUUGAAAUAAUGACGAUACGAGUAUCGAACGAAUGACGACUCGACGUAUCGAACGGCCGCACGUCUCUCUCGUAUUUAGUUUUCCGCGGAUUCGCGCACGGUCGUGCACAUUUAAUCACGUUCGCGAUUGUAGGAAUACGAGAAAUAUAGCUGCGAAUUCGGACACGUUAAAUUUUCAAGAUCGUCGUUGUUAUAGAAUAUAAUUUCUGCGCGAAUAUGGAUAGGAUGCUCCGUCAAAGUUCAUGUAAGUCCGACAUGGGAGAGGUGGUGGUGAUUUUAUUAUUGAAUGCGCAUAUGUGAUUGAGAAUUAAAAAUCUUUCCAGUUUCAAAACUAUAUGUACAUAAUUAUAUACAUUGAGAGAAGUCUAUUGAAAUUGAUAGAUGAGUCAAUUUUGAAUUUGCACGUAUUUUUUGGGACACAAUGUCCUCUUACACAAUGUUGAACGUGUAAAAGUGUAAAAUAAAAUUGUUUGAGUCUUCUUAUGCGAUCCAGUGACGUGCACGACCAUCGAGAUAUCUCGUCGCAUCACUCGCAUAAAAUUCGGUUUCGUAGGCGAUCCGCGGAUAGAAUCACUAUUCUAAAAGGGCGAUUUCGUCAUUCCGUUAGUGUAGCAGGCAGGCCAUUGGACCAAGACGAAAUCGAUGGAGACGAAGGCCGGAACAGGAAGGAUCGGAGGCCAGACGAACGCGAGAAAACGGCGACGAAAUGAAAACUAGAACGGUGCUGUAGUGCGGGCCAGGAUUUCCUAUUUUUCUCGCAUAGUCGAGCGUAGUCGGGAAAAUGACGCGGAUAAAUACAAAGAAAAAAGAAGGAGGAGAUAGAGCAGCAGCAGGAAACGAAAAAGGAUGAUCCACACACGCACUCAUCUCAUGACUCUCUUUAAAAGUAACGACUGAAAGACUCUAGGCUGUACAUAAAAUAUAAGGCAUGUAUGUUCGGUGUUUUAAAAAUGCAAAAAUUCCUUAUUAACGCAAAAAAAAUUAUAACUACGAAAAAAAGUAAACCAUAUAAGCAAGGCUACUCUCUCGGUGUUUUUUGGAACUAAACUUAAAAUUUACCCUAUUUAAAGCAAAAAAACCGUGACUAAUGUAACUUUAAAGGAAAACGCGCGUAAACGCGGAAACAAGUUAUUGAGUGUAAACGUUAAGGUCUCCUUAGGGUUAAAGAAAAAACAAGCUGAACAGCAACAAAAGCGAAAUGCAAGCUAAUUAUGAUUGUGUGUAAACGUAAAAUCUAAACCCUCUUCCUUCGCCCUGUGUCCGCUGAAUCUCCUAUUAACUCUCCACCGCCCUCCAUUUACUGGCCUUUUCUUCCCUUUAUUCCUCACCUUCUCUCCUCACACACUUCCUCGCAGACACACCCUCCACAAAGUAUAUAAAUCACGCGGUGUGAUCUGUGCUACUCGAUGCCUCCAACUCUUUUUCUAAACGUUCACCAGACGUUAUUAUGCGAAAAGGAGGGAAAUAUAUGUUUAUACACUUGUUCCGAUCAUAUUAAUUCACUCUCACUCUCGUACCUUCACCCUUCCCUUUCCCGUCCCUGUAUCUGCGAAUUCGCAUCACCGAUACAUCCAGAAAUUCAAGCCCGAUACCCUUUAUCGAAAGAUUUAUCGUUAGAUGUGAAAAAAAUAUUUAUCGUGCGGAUGAUAGUAAACGUGCGUACACUAUGAUUGUCGUUAAUUGAAUUACGGUUACGAUGUUUCGUCGCGACGUUUUUGGUGCGAUCUAUAAUCGGCGGAUCUCGGAUCUCCAACGAUCUAUCCGGUGCACAACGCGGUACGUCUUUCGUUUUGUUUCCCUUUUUUCACGAAAAGAAAAGUGAUACACCAGGAAGAGACGGGAGGCGCGGAAUCAAAUCUGGGACAAAUGAGACUAUCGGCGUCCGCGUCGCCGAAAAUAAUUCGCGGUUGCCACGGAUACCUGUUUCCUUCGUACAUCGUGUUCUUCGUGAUUGGAUCAAAUUCUGCAAACAGAAAUCAGCUAGCCAGCGAUCAAUUGUGUGCUAUUGGUGUUCUUUUCAUAGAAUGCAUUUGAUCCAAUUCGCUAGAUUGCCUGAUGGAAAUUGAAGAAACAAACUCUGAUAUAUAUUGAGAUUUGUUAUUAAGAGCGUAAAUAAUAGAUGUAUACAUUUUUGCAUGUUUUAUACUUUAUAAUAGAAUUAAUGUACAUUGGAUAAAAUCAUUGCAGAGAAAUUAAUUUUUCUUCGCUUUCUCUUUAAAUAUAUAAAUAUUUAUUUUAUAUUUUUGGGGAAUUUCAAAUACUCAAUAUUUCGGCGUACUAUAUAAAUUCUAAAAAGUGUGAUAUACAAAUAUCUGGUAAAAUUGGACAUUAUCGAGGUGUACUCUUUUUCGGUGACGCGGACUGGGGAUUCACGCGCAAGAUUCGCCUGCAUAGCUUGGAAUGGGACGAAUGGGUCGCGACAAUUAGCACGAUCGCGUUGAGGCGUAAUUAACGAGAUGGUUGCGUAAUGAUCUCCCUAGAGAUACGUCAAUGAGUCUGAUCUAUGUCAUAGUAGUUUGAACUACUCGCAGACAUACGUGCGUACAUACAUCACUUAUUUCUCUCGCGACAUAGUUGAGAAUUUUCACAUUUUGACGUGAUAUUUAUGAAACACCGUGUGAUCGACAGGAAACGAGAGACGGUUUCAUUGAUCCAUUGACAUUGACCGAGGGAGAUAUUUCUGUCUAUCUCUUUGGCAAUUUUCUUCUGAUAAAAUCUCUACGGAAGAACUCCCGUUCUGAAAAUAUGCUAUGCGCGAUCGUCGGGGAGAGGGAAAUGAGAGAACUCGAGACUAGGCAAGUACCGUUGUAGACGCGAUUGUUGAAGCACUGUCGAUCUUUUCGCUCUUUUCCUUUUUUUUGUGGGGGGACGGCGGGAAGAGGACACGGCGGAAGCUUCUUCGAGUCGAAAUCGUAUUGUUGUUCUCCGUUAUUGGAGAAUCGAGCUUAAGAUCUCUUUCGCGCGCACGUUUGCGGUCACGUAUUGCACUUGAUGACGAUUCUCAUGCGCUUUCGAAGACUAUCGUUCGAAAAUCGGAAGUUUUAUGUAUCGUUAUCUCUAAAUGCGUAGUUGUACGAAGAGAAUGCAAAAAUCCAGAAGAUACUCGAGAGAUAUCUGAGGAACGUCCGAGAGUUGUUUCGCGGACGUCUCUGAUGUGUCUUUUUGAUAAUUGCCUCGAAAGUCUCUCCGUCUUUAAAGCGCACGACGAUUAUCGUAUUGCAUACGUAAAAAAAAUAAAAA